CUGAUAUUAAUGAUACGAAAUGGUUGAUGAUAUGGAGAGUAUUUAGAUUUGCUAUUCGAAAAACCCAAAGAAGCCUAUGCUUUUGUGUUCAAGAACGAUCGACAUGAAUCCUAUUGACCUGCACCGUUACAAAAGCCAGUGCGAUGCAAAGGAAGCAACCGAAGAAGAAGACCUGGUUCCUAGUUUGAAAUCUGUAGCACAACUGGUAAAUUUUCUAAACUUGAUCUACCUGCCGUAUGACCCAAGGUCAGAUUUAUACGAAGAAAAACUUGUUACAGCCACCCAUAUUCUCUCAAAAUUAUGGAGCCACUCUGAUCUGUUCAUUUAUAAGAGUGCAGAAUCUUUUUAUAGAUGGUGAUCAACCAAGAAGUUGAAGUUCCUUGAAACGCGCGCUAGACCAUAAAAAAUGAUUUUGAUAAAAGAGUAUCUGCCCGCUCUCUCUAUGUUAUGAAGGACAAACAUAUCGGUAAGUGAAUACAUAAACCUUUAGUCUGCCGUAGCUAAUAUAAUGUGUUAGAUGAUAUUUUAAAGGAUAUCGUCGACUGUUUACCAAGGUAUCAAGAAUAGAUUUAUAACCUAAAAGACCAAGGUUAUACAAUUAAUGGAUACUGUAGAAGAUCGAGGCAUUAGAGGCCACUGCUAUAAAAUCAGUUCAAAAGUAGAGGCCACUCACAUAAAAUCAGUUUAAAAGUAGAGGCCACUCACAUAAAAUCAGUUGAAAAGUAGAGGCCACUCACAUAA